GGAACCGCACCGAACCCACCCGGAACCGCGAUGUCUUUGUCUUCUCCUCGGGGGUCCCGGGUGGCGGGGACGUUAAAUCAUCUUAAAAAGAACUACAGAGCAAGAUUCUGCCAGGGAGGAGGAGGUAAGAUUGAUGUACAGCCAGGUCAAAAUAUACUGAAAGUCGUACAGGAUUGUUUUGAAGGCUAUGGCAAUGAUCUUACAAUAAACUCUCCAAGUACAACCUGUUGCUCAACUCCUUUUGUCAGAAGUUAUCAGAAGGCCUCAGUGCAAAGGCUCAAGGCAGCAAAAAGAGAUUCUAGAGAGUCUUUACCUAUAUCACCACUAAAACCAGAGAGCACCAAAGGAUCGUCCCAUGAAUCACCCAAGAAGCCUGCAAUAAAUGACUGCGUAGCUGAUUCUGAAAAAACAAAGUCUCCUGUGUGUGAAAGGAAAAUAAAUAAUAUAUUAAAACAUGUCGAAGCACUAUGCAAAACUCCUCCUGUGUUUUCAGAUUGUGAGGAUGAUCACAAGUCAGUUGGAUCACCUCUUGUGGAGGAAAUGAAUGAUUCUGUACAUGUAUUCCUUUUGGAUGACCAAAAUACUCCUCCUGCAGCGAAGAGCCCUGUGGAAGUUGAAAAUUUGGAAGGACCUCAGACUGGGAGAGAUGAGCAGGUUGUUCUUGGGCAAAGAACAGAACAGGCUGCUCCAUCUUCUGUACAGAGAGAAAAGUCUUUCUCUUCAGUUGUCUUAGAAGCUGUAGCAACAGGAGCACUUGGGAAAAGGUACUCAGCCUCAACAUCACUGCCAUCACUUCCUCCUUUGAAAAAUCAAGAUAUAGAAGUAGAAAAUUACUGUGAAUUUUUAAUUGAUGAAUCAGAUAGUCAACCUUUUAAUUCUUGGUUUUCAAUACCCAGUAAGAACAAAAAGUCAAAAAAAGAGGGCUCUCCAACUCCUGUUCCUAAAUCUCAGCCCUCUGGAAAGGAGAAGACAGGCAGUAAGAAAAGGAAGAAAACAAAAAUGCAGGGUGAAGCACUUACUAAACAGAAAAUGGAUGAUUUGCAUGUCAGAUUACUUGACUUCAGUGAAGCAUCAGAAUUGGAUUCAGCCUCUGACCAUGAAGGAAAGAUCCGUAAGUCUCAGAGGCAAGGCAGUACUCGUAUGGGAAAGACUAAAAAGGAGGCACUUAAGCAAUGCUCUCCCAACCAGAAAAAGGACACAUCCUGGAAACCAAAAGCUGCAGAACUGAUGUUGUCGUGGUCUGAUUUGGAAACAAAACUAUCUGAUACACAACAACAUGAAACUAUGAUGAAGCCAAGUGAGGAUUUGCCUGACUUGUCAGCUGGGCAUCUGCAAGAGCAGACUGUGUCUCAAAAAAAGAAUCUUAAUUCUUCCAGGCAGUCAGUUUCAACAACUCCUCAGCAUUUAGUUAACAAGAAAGAAAUUGCUCAGCAGAAACUUCCAAAAGAUACAGUAGCUAAGAGAGAGGUAAAAAGUCCGAGGAAGAAACUUAAAAAAUCUGGCAAGAAAAGUAGUAAUAAAAGGCCUCGGUUACAGAGAUUGGAGAGUUCUGACAGUGAACCUGAUAAAGAUCUUGAAAGAGAGCCUGGAAACUCAAAUGAAGGGUUUAACUCACUGCUGCAGCAGAAAUUGCAGACUCCUGUGAAUCACAAGAUGUCAAAGUCUGAAAAGCCUAAAAAUUCAUUGCACACAUUGGAAUCACUUGGUGUUGCAAAUAACAGAACUCCUGUAAAAGCACUGCAGCAUCUCACAGAUGGUGUGAAGAAAUCUGAAAGGAAACAAUUGUCAGCUAAAUCUUCAGAGAAGAUACCCAACAAGGUUAAUCACAGAACCAGUAAAGGUGUUUGCUCAGACCCUGAGGACAGUGAGCCUCGAGUGGAUUCUCUCAUCACUUCUCAACAGGACACAGCAAGAAAAAAACAGAAGUUACCAGAUGCAAAAAUAAAAAGUAAAAAAAGAAAAUGUAACACACAACAUGGACUACAAGAUUCCUUUGCAGCCCAGGAGACUAGGACUCAUGAAAGUGGACCUGUUCUAGAACACUGUGACGAAUGUGCUUCCAGGAGAAAGUAUUGUGAACAAAAUAGUAUGUCUUCAGAUAAUUCUGAAGACCUGACUCAUGCAAGAGAUGUGUUCUUAAACAGCAUGCCAAAGCAUAAAAUAGUAAUGCCUUCCAACACACCCAACGUUCGUCGGACAAAAAGGAUACGACUGAAGCCUCUGGAAUACUGGCGAGGCGAGCGUGUGAAUUACACCAUGCUGCCUUCAGGACAGCUUGUGAUGAGUGAAAUAGUGUGUCCUGAAAUGAAAACUCAGGGGAAGUUAAAACAGAGGAAAGAUGGUCACAAAGAAAAAAGUCACAAAACAAAAGGUGGAAUACCUGAAAAAUUGGAUGAUACACUGGUUGACAGUUCUAAGCCGGCCCUAAUAGUGGAUAUAGAAACAAAUGAGGAGAUACUCCUAAAAUGUGUUAACACUGAAAGCCGACACUCAUGCUUCUUCAGAGAUGAAGCAGUAGAAAUAUAUAAAAAUUUGAAUACAUCAGAUUUUGCCACUGGUACAUUGGUUUUGAAGCCAUUGAAAGAAAAGGGAUACCAGUUUGUCCACAUGGAUACAAUAGCUUUUUAUGUUAUUCAUGGCAAAAUUAUUGUUACCUUACAUAAGACAUCCUACUGUCUGGCUACAGGGGACUUCUUCUAUGUUCCAGCAGGAAAUGUAUAUAACUUAUAUAAUCUAGUGAACGAAGAAAGUGUUCUUCUCUUCACACAACUCAAAAGAUGCACCUGAAGAACUUCCUUCAGAAAAGUUGGCUGAAACACUUCAACCUUUUAUCAAAAGCAUGAAGCAUAUUGUUGGAGACCUAUUCCCCAUAACUUUGUGGGCAAAUUGAAGAUGAUCUAAUGCCAAGGAGUUCUAAAGGACACUGUAACUGCCAUCCCACUGGAAGUACACCCCAGUCUUCAGGACAUGUUGUUUCACUGAUCUCAAAAGAUCUUUCUCCAGUAUAAAUUGUAAAUACAUGGUCUGUUACAAAGUGGUUUUU